CGAAGCAAGGGCCGCAAACAACAGCGGAUACGCCGAGAUGUAAAGGCGGAGUCGACGCCCCUCUGCUCAGGAGCCAUCGAGUCCGCUCGUUCUUGUCCUCCAGUACCAGUGUCAGUGCCAUCCAUCAGCCCCGUCUCUCACAUCCAUUUCGCAUCCAUAACCACUGCGCUUGAUUCGCCUCCAACCAUGAAGUCUUUGUCUAUCGGCGCCGUCCUUCUCCUGGCCUUUGUCGGAAGCGUUUUGGGAUCGCUCUUUGGCUUCGGCUCGUCCUCGCUCAUCCACCACGGGACCAGCGGCGUUGGCAUCAAGGCCUCAUCGGGACUGAGUGUCGCCCCGGCGAACCGACUGUACAUCCAACCCCGACUGCAGAAGCAUCUCCACACGCACGACAAAACGACCCUCCAGGUGUCCACCAACCUGGCCGGCAAUCUCCCGCUGCGAGUGACCUUUGACAGCUACAAUCAAUCGUGGGUCGCGGGCACGUUCAAGGCCCGACAGCUCCAGAACGGCGUCCCGGUGCGGGUUCCCAUCGGCCGAGGCAUCUUUGACGUCACUGUCCAUCCGAUUUCGAAGGUCCUCUCCGCCAAGGGAAACAAGUGUGCCUACAUCAAUGUCGAGGGCCACCAGACCAUUGUUGUCGAAUGAGUGAGUCCCACCAUGUCUAUAUGUCUGGCGAAUGUG